UCCACCGAAAACAAAGAACAACAGACGUGAGACGACUACAUAUUUAAGUUAAAUUUAAAUGCCAACCUGACUUCCCCAAAGCGCGUUGGCAUUCCCUUUCAUUUGUCUUCAGAAUUGACUAUAUCAAGGGAAUUGACUGAAUUGGAUUCGCUUGAUUGAUCUUGUGGUUGGAGCUUGAGACUGAUGAAUUUCAUGCUGAAAAUUGAUAGCUUCAGGUUCUUCGCUGCUUCCUUCCAUCCUUCCCAUUUGCCCCUCUACUUUGGUCAAAUAAUUCAAUCCGUAACUUUGUGAUUUCAUCGUUCACACGAGCACGUCUCUGCAACUCUCUCACUCUCUCCAUUCUGUUUCUCCUUCAUGGCCUUCGCCACAACAUUCCUUGCUUGCCUGUGCAAGAAGAAGAGGACCUCGUUGUUGCCCCCCUCCGGCCUCCCUUCCACUUGGUCUUUCCGCCGAGAUGUACAGAUCUCCGUGGAGGAGAUCGAAAAGGCCACCAGCAACUUCUCGCCGGACCUCAUCAUCGGUAGGGGCAGCUUUGGCGUCGUCUACAAGGCGCGUCUCUCCAGCGGCAUCGUUGUGGCCAUCAAGAAACUCUCACCUGACUCCUUCCAAGGAGUUAGGAAAUUUCAAGCCGAAGUGGAAACAUUGGGUAAGCUCCGACACCGUAAUAUCGUCCAAAUUCUUGCGUCAUUAGCGUCGGAUUCCCAAAGAUUCUUGGUCUAUGAGUUCACGGAGAAACAAAGCCUGGAUCUUUGGUUGCACCAUGAUUCAAGUCGCAAUGUUGCUGUUCCUUCACUGUCGUGGGAAACGAGGGUGAAGAUCAUUAGGGGAGUGGCGAAUGGUCUGCACUACUUGCAUGAGCUCGAAAACCCCAUUGUACAUAGAAACAUAAACUCAUCUAACAUAUUAUUGGACUCUGAAUUCGAGGCUCAUAUUGCAGAUUUCGGACUUGCAAGGAUGUCUAAAUCUUCCCACUUAUCCUCACAAUGUGCUGGCUCCGUCGGCUACAUGCCACCGGAAUAUAGAAAUGGAAUGACCGUCUUAAAUGUGAAGAUGGAUGUGUACAGUUUUGGGGUUUUAAUGCUGGAAACUGCCACCGGCCGUCGGCCGGAAUUGCCCGUGAAAUUACGAGGGAAAAAAGAACUGGAGUUAGUGGUAUGGGCCAAGAAAAUGGUAAACGAGAAUCGUGAAAUAGAAAUGGUUAAUCCCAAGAUCAUGAGUGAAGGUGGAGUUAGUGAGGCUAGCGUGAAGCAGUAUUUUGAAAUUGCUUGCUUGUGCUGUAAAGAGUUGCAAAGAGACAGGCCAGCAAUGGCAAAGGUUGUUGAUUUGCUGGACAGAGUUAGUUGCACGUGAAGAUCAAUACUUAUGCUCGAUCAUCUAACAGGCUGUUAUUUUUGGUCUCAAGUUAGAUGUAAUGGGUUAGAAGAAGUGAAAUAUAUGCAUUGGUGUUCUAUAUAAUUCUCUGAUUGGAGUACUCCAUUGUAAGAAUCAGAUUCAUUCACUUUUCUCAAUCUCUCUUGUCUAUAUUAGUUUCUGAAAGCUAAGCCUAACAUGAUAUGGAGGCUUGCCUUAAAUAAGGAAAGCCAAUCUAGUUGA